AUGUGCAGCGACGUGGUUGCAUAUUUAAUUAUAUUACCGCUAUGGCCCGGCUAUGUGGGAUGGGGUUACUCACCGUUACUUUUCUCGAAAUGUUAUGGAUUUUGGAUAAAUGCGCCUGUUGCGGGUAAAAAAGAAUCAUAUAGAGAUCUAAAGGGUGUGAGCCUUGACAACUGGGUGAAAUCUGUUAUUUAUACAUCAUUGGCGGUACCACUGUUUUUACCGAAUUGGAUUAAUUACAGUUUGCGUAAAGAAACGUUUGCUAUUGGUGUUUUUCUUAUUGUGACAGGUUUACUUUAUUUUAUAAAAACCUUCAAAUACAAACAAAUCGGUUCUGAUAGUAUAAACGAAAAUGAUAUUUUAGUAGGAGGAGAUGGCUGUCGACAAUCUGUUUCAACACAAACAUUAACUGCACCGGCAACAGCAUUACAAAAUCAUGAUAAUCCAUCGUUUAUAUCAGACGUAAAAAGUGAACAUGAUCAAUCGACACCUUCUCAAACGAUACAGCCGAAUGAUGCAAAUACAUCAACAGUUUCACAUUCUGAGUAUUAUAUGCAAUUAAUUCUAGGAAAUGGUAUAUACCUGAAUAUAGACACUAAAAUAUUUUGUAAAUUAAAAACGUUUGAAUUUGUCAAUAUACAACAAUUCUAUGUUGAACUUGAAAAAAUCGAUUUUCGACAUGCUGUACUCGACGACAAAUUUUUACAACAAUACUUUGUUAAUACAUUUAGUUUGGCACCUGGUAUUCAUAAUGAACACAUUUGUAUGACAAAUAAUGAAAUAAAUCUACAAAAUGAUAGUGGAAUGCGUAAAAAUAAAUAUCCACUUGUAUUGGUUUUACAUGCAGAUAAUGAAAAAGAAAACUUUUUUGAAUUACCUAUACAAGUAUUUGCAAUACAUGUAAAAUCAAAAGUAAAUGAUUUACCAACAAAAUUUAUCAUGCGUAUAUCUAAAUUAUCGGACGGUAGAGUGUUAGUUCUACAGGAUGUGUUUACAACUGGAACAGCUAGUGAUGCACAAGCAUGUGUCAUAUGUUUAACGGAAAAAAUUAGUCGUGUAUGUUUACCAUGUAAACAUGCAUGUUUAUGUUCAGUAUGUUUUACACUUGUUGAAAAAUGUCCCGUUUUUAUUUAA